CAUCUUGAAGAGUGGGAGAGCAGUCUACAUCCAGAGAAGAGAUUGAGUAGCAGAAGCUCAAAGAAGCUUCCUAAAGGUGGUUGGUGUUCCCUGCCUGUCAGUGUUUGAGGCAUUUGGACAAUGUCCUUGACAAGCAGUUCUAACUUUUGUCCAAAAGUGGUCAGGUCCCUUCACAACUGAAAUACUCUGUUGUAAACUGCACAAAUUUGAAGUCAAGUUUUAUGAAGUAGCUUUAACUUCAAUACUGUGGUGACUGUUGAAAGGGAAAAUAAUACUUUGCGGCUUAUUCCAGCAGAUCUAAGAUGUUCAGCUGAAAAGGGAAAUGUUAUUUUCUACUACUGCAAGUGUUACAAUUGGGUUUAGAAUUAAGAUGAACUAAAGAGGGUCUCUGUUUAAAUUGAAUUUUUCAUUAGACUAAUAGAAUGGAAAACAGGAAAAAAAAGGGGCAAACUUCUGGCACAUGAGCUCCACACCCCAUGAUAACUGCCUACGUUAGAUGUGAAGAAUUUUGUGACCAAGAGCUCUUAACUUUUCUUUUGAUCCAGCUACCUGAACUGAGUUACUACACUGCUUCCAGCAAACUUUGUCUCUCAGAUAUUUAGUUACACACUUGUACAGUUACACUUCGGAUGGAUUUCCAGAUAAAUACCCUCACACUCCUGAUCAUGGUCUGAGUCACACACUUUCUGAUUUGAUCUAUUGGAGGUUCAUAUGUGAGGCAGUCCAACAAGUUGUUUGUGAUUUACAGUGCUUGAUAGAUGAACACCUUCCUGGGAAAGCAUCUAAGAAACUACCUUUAGGAAACAUGUCUGUGAAAUUACGUGCCUGUCUGUUGAAUUUUGGUUGCCUAUUAUACAAUUGUUCUUAAAGCUUCAGCUUUCUAAUGUUGUGCUCUUAAACUAUGUUUGUACCUGUGCUAUUUUAAGAAAUUAUACUUGUCUUAAUAUUUUUGUUUUAUUGUGGGAUUGCUCUGUUACAGAUUAUCUCUUUACGUGAAAACUGUUAUGAAUUUCCCAGACCAAAAAUUAAUGUUUAUAUUAAUAAACAUACUCUGGCAACUCCCAAGAGAUGGUAUAUUAAAAGAUAUUACAAAAUUCAUUUAAACUUGCAGAGGAAUGAUGAGGCACAGCAAAAAAUCCUUCUGGGGACUGCAGUACUAAGUGUUAGGCAAGAUAAACGGAACAGGCCGGGAUUGUUUGGAGGGAAGAUACCUGCUGCUACAGGGUGCUGUGAUACCAACCCUUCCAUGAUGUAGCAUCAUCUGAGGAAACAGGGAAUGGGGAAUUGCUUUUGCUUUUAAAUGGCACUGUUUAGAGCUCCAUUGUGGUUCAUGUCAGCAUCCACAUGAAUAAACACAUAAAUGUAUGUAAGGGUAUUGCACAAUCUGCUGCUGGGAUCACCAAUAAGAAGAAUGCCUUAGGAAUGUCGUCAGGAUGAAAUUCCUGUUGCAGUGAAAGAAUGUUAGAUACAGUGGAAAAUGUGCCAGACAUUAGGUCCACAGGGUACAAUCAAAAAAUUGUGAGAAAAAUUUUGAGACCAGAGGCCAUUGAAAGUAUGUGCCUGGCACAAAACUGGGCGCUGGCUUACUAUCUACAGUAGUACAUUUUGAAUAAGUUGAUCUGUGUGCUAAGGGCUCCUGAUUUCUUUUAUCAGGGGAAUAAUUGAAGUAUGUUUGAGAGAUUUCAAGAUCCCCUUGAAGAGAAGCUGUGUCUUCUGCUAAGAAUUCAAAGUCUCUGAGUAGAUGAUGCAAUUCUUUUGGCAUCUUUUUUUUUUUGAGAUAGGAAGAUUUUAGAAAGAAUAGCUGGCAGCACACAGUAGCAUCUCACAUUAAAGCAUUGCUGUUAGGCAUGGCUCAGGUUUUACGAAGUGGAAGAACUUGGGAUCUACUUGGGCUAAAACUCAGGACAAGUAUAAAAUGCCUUCCUAAGGAACUAAAUAAGGAGUCAAAGUGGAUUUAGGUCAGCACCAACUGCUGUACUUUCCAAGAUAGAAAAAGACUACAGUAACACAAACCAGUCUAAUCUAUCACAAGGUUUCUUUAAUGUCUCUUGUUGUGAUGCACCUUGCUCAUAUCAGGACCUAAUUAAGCAGUGUUAACUCAGGCGUGUUCAGGCUACAGCCAGAAAUAGACUAACUUUAGUCUGCAAACCUAUUUAAUUAAAAGUACUGUACACUGAGCUGUAGAUUCAUAAAUAAUUGGAUGCAGUGACUUUUUUAUAAUGUAAUAUGCUAUAAUAAUCUACAGGAGUCUUACCAUAGAUCUCUACUACAGAGGCAGUUCCAAAUGCUUUAGGAAAUGUUAUAGCCUGCUGGUUUAAAUCGUGUGAAGUAUUUUGCUUAAAAAUACUUAGUUAAGCUUCUUAGCUGAAUGUGAUGCAUUACUAUAUACUGUGAUCACUUGCCUCUUUUUGUCUCUUUCUCCUUAAACUAUCUACAAUUCCAAAAUCUAUGAACAGUAGAUGUUUCCCAUCUUUUCAAAAUGUGUACUAAAUAGACUGAAAUUAAAUGAUUGCCAACAAGAUUCCCUAUGCAGCUGUUGAGAACCUGAAGAGUAUCUGGGUGUUUUCAGAUGUCCUUUUCCAGUGGAUUUUUGAUGCUUAUUCACUGUAGAGACUGAGGUUUCAAAUUUGGCAGGAAAUUUUGUUUCUAGACUUCCUAGUUGCAAAAAUAAAUUUGCAGUGUUCAUGACACCACUGUUGGUGCAUACAAAACACAUUAAAAAACAGUUUAAAGUAUGAACUACCCCUUUUUGACAGCAGAAUUUGAAGCCUGUGAGCACAUAAAUCUGAAUAUUGUUACAAAUCUUUUUAUCAACAGCCCAGUUAGCUCCUGUAUUCUGCAUUCAUUUAAACCACAGUUUGCAUGUCUAAGCAUACACUGCUAAACUUUUUAUUUUCCUUAUAGUUGCUCAAGGGAUCCCAUUUUCAUCCCAAACAUAGACCCCUCCUCAGUGUUUCCAUAUUACAUUAUCUCUGCCACCUUCAGAGUAUGCUCAAGCUGUUAUUUGCUGAUGAUAAAUAUGAACAUCUAUUCCCACAAUCCAGGUAAUCUUAACAACAGACUAAUCAGGAUUAACUCUGAUACUAUCUGCCUCUGCAGGGACUCACGCUUGCUGAAAAAUGGUAUUUAGUAAAUUGAUGGUACUUAGUAAAUUCUAACCCUUUUGAAAACAGUGUCAGCCCAUGCAAAUAUGUAUCAUCUGCCCACAGCAGUUUUGAUUCCACUGGUUUUGUAGAGCUUGCAUUCAGCAGACCUCUGCCUAAAUGGGCCAAUACCUCCCAUUUGAAGAUCCAACCCAAUAUGGACAAACUGGAUGGCAACAUGUUUGAAUCUGGGAAAGAAAGCAGACAAAGAAAUUCCAUUGUGUUAAAUAAAGAAGAAAAAUAUUGCAUAUCUUUGCACAGUAAAGGAGAUUUUUAAUACAAAUACUCUCUGCAUAAUUAUGGACAUUUGUCUACCCUAGUCUUUAAUUUUGACUAACCUUUUUAGGAUAAUAAACUGAGUUCCCUCUGUAACUAAUCUUGUUGAUGGCAGAAAGCUGAUCAGUGUCUUAGUGAAUUGCACAAAGCAGCCACCUGCCUUAAACAGGCUUGUCUGCUGCCAUUCCUAAUUGUCUGCAUCCCAUGAAAAAAUUUCCCCAGUACUCAUUAAGUAUCAUGGAACAAGCUAUUGUUCCAAAGUUAUUGGGAAUGCCAAACAGCUGCCAAGGGAGGAGUUUGCAGGUCCUUGCAGCAUUGAAACAGGUUGAAAGUCAGGGGAAAGAUCAAAAUUAAACAGUAGUUACAGAGGAUAGAAGGGUGGAAUCAUCAUAGAAUCAUCAGUGUUGGAAAAGAACUUUAAGUAAUCAUCAAAUCUAUCAUCCACCCAGCAUUAUCGCUGUAACCAUUGAACCAUUAAAGCAUACCACCAAGCCUCAGAUCCCAACAUGUCUUGAACACCUCCAGGGAUGGUGACUCCACCCUCAGGGACAUGUAUUCCAAUGCCUAACCACUCUGACAGUGAUUUUUUUUUUUUUUUUUUGGUAAUAUCUAACCUGAAUCUCCCAUGUCUCAGAUUAAGUCAAUUUCCUUUUGUCCUCUCACUGCAGGCACGGCAGGAGAGACUGAGCCCCACCUCACUACACCGGCCUUUCAGGGAGUUUUACAGAGCAGUGGGGCCUCCUUUUCUGCAGACUAAACAAUCCUAGCUCCUCAUAAGAUGUGUUUUCUAGGCCCUAGAUCACCGAUAUUUGUGUAAACAGGCGGCGUGCCCACAGUAGCUGCAGUUUUACUCUGGCCUCGCUGUCCCAGGCCAUUCAUCUCGGGCGCGGCCCCGCCGGAGGCCGCAGCGCGGGGCCGGCAGGGGGCGCUGCCCGCCAGUCCCGCCGGAAGCGGCGCUCGUGUGGCGUCGCGAGGGGUGAGCGCGGCGCGGCCAUGCCGGGCAGGAAGUCUUCCAAGGAGAAGAAGCGGCGCCGCUCGCGUUCCUGCUGCCCGGAGGGAGCCCCGGGGCCGGACGGCAGCGACAGGAAGCGGCGCAGCACCGAGUCCAGCCACGGUGCCCUGGAGGAAACAAAAUGCAAUGUACUCUCUGGAGAAAAAGUGGAAGAAGCUGAACAACCCAGUGACAUAGAAGAAGGAGGAUUAGAUCUCACUGUGUCACUGAAACCUGUCAGUUUCUACAUUGGGGACAAAAAGGAAAUGCUUCAACAGUGUUUCUGUGUCAUAGGGGAGAAGAAACUCCAGAAGAUGCUGCCUGAUACUUUAAAGAACUGUUCCAUGGAUGAAAUCAAAAGACUUUGCAUGGAGCAGUUGGAGCUGUUAUCUGAAAAAAAACUGUUGAAGAUACUUGAAGGCAAGAUUGGAGCUGAUUCUGAUACUGACGAGGAGGCAGAUGGAGGAGACAAGACUGGAGGUGAUUCAGUCAGUCAACAGGACAACAGUAUAGACUCAACUUCUUCUCUGAGAGAAGACAGCAAGCUGGAAGGUCAGGAAUCAAAACAAGGUAAGGGAGAAGAUAGUGAUGUCCUCAGCAUAAAUGCAGAUGCUUAUGAUAGUGACAUAGAAGGGCCAUGCAACGAAGAGGAUGGUCCUGAUGUGCAAGAGAGCACUGUAAGAAGUGGAGCUGGCCAGAUAGAUGACCUUCAGAAGGACAUUGAGAAGAGUGUGAAUGAGAUUCUGGGGUUGGCAGAGUCCAGCCCGAAGGUUGCCCGAACAGCAACCUUAGCUGUUCCGCCAUUAGAAGAUGUUCAGCCAUCAGCGCAACAGCUGGAGCUUCUGGAACUCGAGAUGAGAGCCAGAGCUAUUAAGGCUCUGAUGAAAGCUGGUGAUGGAAAGAAACAUCCCUGAGACUGUUCAGAUUUCAUUUUCACUAUUUGUUUCGAAGAAGGUGAUGUCUGUUCUCUUCAGUGCUACAGUAUGUUUGGGUUGGGUGUGACAUUCCUCAUUUGGACUGUAUAUCCUGCUCUGUGGUUCAGUGGUUUUGUUGCCUUUAGUGUGCUGCUUCCAUGACAUGCACAAACAAUGGUUGAUGAGGUGUCUUCCCUGAGAUGAGGUGUCCUUGUGCUUGGGUCACCUCCUCAUGGAGUAACACCACAUGCAGAGCUGUGCCAGGUACCUGGUGCCUUCCAGAAAGGUUGUUGUAGAAAUUUAGAAUCAUUGAAUGGUUAGGGUAGGAAGAGAUUUGAGACUGCUUAAUCCUUCUUGGGGCCCAUCUCAUCAUAAUGUAGGUAUUCUCAUUAGAAUAUGAUGCUUUGUGUAAAAGCGUACUCAGUUUUUUAAAAUCUGAAUUCCUAAAGGAAAGGAUUUUUACCUUUCAAAUAAACAGUUGAACAUGUUGUUUUCAGAGUUAAGAAAGUGCCUGAAAGAGACAGGGCAGUUUAUUACACUGGCAUGUAGUUUUGUCACUUUUCUCCACUCUUAUCUUCUAUAUUAUAACUGAAGAAUGCAGAGUUUCUUCCUAACUGGAAAGCAGAGUUUCUUCCUAACUAGUUUCUUCCUAACUUUUGAUUUGAAUAUUUGGCCUAAUAUUUAGCAAAUCAAACAGUUGACAAUCUUGAGCUUUUAACAUUCAAUUGAUGUAGUCAUUUCAUGUCCCCUGAAUGUAGGAAAAUCCACCUAAUUUCAGUAUGUUUUUUUAGAAAAGGCAUUUAAUUUAUUUAUAAGUUUUUAAAAUACAAAUUCUGUUUUUAUCCCUUUUAAGGUAUUCCUUUAUAAUAAUAAAUGAAUAAAAUUAAUUCCAGAAUGAAUUGUCAUGCUAUAAUAUCUUACAACAAUAAAAUUAUUUUAAUUUUUUUAGAACUAGUGCUGGCUGCUAAUCAAAGCAUAUUAAAAUAUUUGUGUGUUUGUUUACACAUGCAGACAUCAAUUUUUUUCUGUAAAGGUAUGAAGUUUACAAUUGUACUCUUCCUUAAGUAUUGUAUUAUGUAUUUUUAUUCAUGGAUUUUCCUUGGUUGUUACUUAAAAAGCUGGUUACAUUCUUUGCAACAGUAGCAGAUGUAAUUUCCCCUACUAUUGUGUAAUAUUACUGCAAACUUUGUCUAUUCAGAGAUUAUGUCUUGAAUUCUUUUAAGGUUUAUGAUUUUCUUUUUAUUCUUUCAUUUUAUCUUCCUUCUCUUUAUUCCCUUUCUUUUUUUCCUGUUUCCUUUUUAUUUAGCAAGCUCCUUGUAUAUUUCUUAAAUCUGAUUGAUUUCCUCUACAACCAACAUUAUUGUAAAAUAUCAGUGUAUUGUAAAUUUGAUAAUAAACUAAAAUCUUCAUUAAAUACAGCUGAUAAAAAUACAGUGUACUUCUACUGAGUGAUGUCAGUGACUGGGUAAAGUGCACCUGACUCUAGUGUUGUCCACAUCAUCAACAUUUUUUCUAUUGUUUUAUAGCAAAUGGAGGCUGUAAGUGAAAAUAUAUACAUGUAAUUCAAAAAGUAA